AUGGACUCGGACAAGAACAAAAGGCUCCAUUUGCCCUUUCCUAUGGGUCCAUAUGCAACAGGUUGUAUGGAACUAAUGACAGAAUAUUCAUCAGAAGGGUCUUUCGCAAGAAUAUUUUAUCCUACUAAUAUUCCAUCCGACCAAUUGAAUAAAUACUCCGACAAAUGGGUCCCGUGGAUGCCACACGAAAUGUACUUAAAAGCAUUUGCCAGUGCUCUUCGUAUACCCUAUUGCAUAUUCAAAUAUGGUCCGACACUGAUCAGAAUGAAACCGUAUUACAUACCGUCCAUUAGCGAUGCGCCCGUAUCGGACGGAGAACAAUCGUUCCCCUUGGUCAUAUUCUCUCACGGUUACGCGGCGACGAGAUUUGUCAGCUCAAAUUUCUGUUACUCGUUGGCGUCGUACGGGUUUAUAGUGGCUGCCAUUGAACACAGAGAUAAGUCGUCGCCAGUGACAUUUUUCUACGAUAGUCCGGAAAACGCGGAAAGCGACUGUCGCACGUGGAUCCACCAUCUACAUUUACACAAAAUCAACAAUAAUACGGACCACUACACUUUCAGAAACAAUCAGAUGAAAGUAAGACACAGAGAGUGUACCAAACUUCUGAACACGCUUUUAGAAAUCAAUAAAGGGACUCAGAUAAAAAACGUACUCAAGUCAUCGUCAUUCGAUCUUAGACAAUUCAAGAACAAGAUUAAUGUGGACAAAAUAAUCUCUAUUGGAUUUUCAUUUGGAGGAGCAACUGCAUUGUACAAUGCGAGCAAAGACAGCCGUUAUCAAGCUGCAGUAAUUCUUGAUGGCUGGAUGUUUCCAUUAAAAUCAGAACCAUUCCUUGACAUACAGCAACCAUUAUUAUUCAUCAACUCCCACACAUUCCAUAAUCCAGCAAAUUUAAAUUCAAUUAGCAAGUAUGUCCAUUCCAAAGGCGUUCGACAACUGUAUACGUUGAAGAAUACUACCCAUGAAAGUCCGACCGACACACCUUACAUAUACGGAUACUGGCUCGAUUUAGUUAUGUUGAAGAAGAUGGAUGCAGAAAUAGCAUUAAACCUACAGUGUUCUCUUGUAGUGAAAUUCUUAAGAGAUAUGAUUGGUUACCCAAGUGAUUGUGAUAAUGCUCAAACAUUUUUUAAAGAACACAAUGAUGAUUUAGUUGAAGACGUAAUUAGCUAUACCAAAGUAAAUAUAAGAAAAAUGGGUAUAUUUCCUUGGUAGAAAAUAUUUAUUUCCUAAAUUUGAUUGUGUAAAAUAUGAA